UUUAGAGCAGAAACAGAACACAUUUAAAGUCAGAAGAUGAACCAACCUGGGAAAUGCUCACUGACUGCAGGACUAAACACAGAUCAACCACAUCAAAUACAGCUCUGUAUAGUUUUUAUAACUCACUGCUGCUUCAGGAAGAUGUUCUCAGUUUGUCCAGAAAGGUUGCUGCUGCUGGCUCUGAUGUUUGGAUGUGCUGCCUUGGAAAUACCUUUAAACGGAAGUGCUACUGCAUUGGGCUCUGACUAUAACAGCACACAGUCCUACGACCAGGGAGGAACAGUGAACACUCUGCCUGAGCAACAAGAAAAUAAUGACAGUGAACAAGGAACGGGCGGUAAAUUGGUUCCAAGAGGAGGAGUAGCUUUUCUUCCUCCUGGUCUUUAUGCUAAAGAACAUGUCACCAGAGUAGGCUCAAGACACCACAGUUCCAGACCUUCCAUCAAAUGGAAGAGACCAAGGCCCAACCCCCUUCCUGUUGCUGUUAAUAGAAAAAAAUAUGCCACUAGAGUGGGCUUUUCACGUCAUAGUUCCAGACCAUCUAACACCCGGAAAAGACCCGGGACCACCACUCUUCCUAAAAAAGUUGCUCACGUGGGGAGGAGUUUUCCACCACGUGGUCUUUCUGGAUAUGAAGCUGACCACCAUGACAGAAGAUUCGACAACACAACAUUCAACAAUGACCCGCAAGAGAAGUCCUCCUCUGAUCCCUCUAAAUAUAAUGUUACCCCAUUCCAUGAGCGUUUUCAGCUGCCUGGUCCCAAUAAAACAGAAGAACCUGAAAAGUCUGGGGGGCUCACUUUUACUGAUCGUUUUGGAAAUGCAGUUGGUGGAAUGGGAGUGGCUUUCCAGCCUGGUAGAAUAAGAGGCAUCCCACUUCCCCCGGAUUUUGUUCCACCUUAUCCUCCUAGAAAUAUAGAACACCUCAGACUGACCAACGUACGCCCAAGUUACGGACUACUCAGAGGACCAGAGACAACCCCCCCUUAUGAAAAUGAUGAAGUCAGUGGACUGGGAGACGACUUUGUCUAUGAUGUCAAGGCACCAAAUGUCCCAGAAAGAUACAUCUUCAUUAAUAUUACCAAAUAUGUUUACGUCCAACGUGACACUAACCUAGGCUGGCGGAAUCUCUCAGAGGAGGCACGGCAGUUUCUAACAGGAUCAUUAUCCACCACCAUCAUCCCGUCCUUCUACACACUGGUCUGCCUCCUCAGUGUGCCCAUCAACAUCUGUGCACUGCUGGUCUUCAUAAAAAGAAUAAAGCCUAAAAAUCCAGCAGUGAUCUACAUGAUGAACCUGGCCUGUGCUGACCUGCUCUUCUCCAUGGUGCUGCCCUUCAAGAUCUCCUACCACUUCAUGGGAAAUGACUGGAUAUUCGGUCGUGCCAUGUGCCGUAUAGUCACUGCAGCCUUUUACUGGAACAUGUACUGCUCCGUUCUGCUCAUCUCCCUCAUCAGCGUGGACCGGCUUCUCGCUGUGGUCUAUCCUAUCCAGUCUUUGUCGUUGAGAAGUCCUGCAAAGGCAGUCAUUGCCUGUGCAGCCAUGUGGAUGUUCUCUUUUGUCGGCUCGAUGCACCUGCUCUUCACUGAGCAGACUUUCAACCUCCCAGAGUUGAACAUCACCACCUGCCAUGACAUCCAACUCUCACAGCCUUUCUUGUGCUACAAGAUGUACUACAUCACCCUCUGCUUCCUCCUCUUCUUCCUGCCUCUCAUCAUCACCAUGGUGUCCUACACUCGGGUGAUUUUGACUCUGAGUAAAGUCCAACCAGGGGUUCCAGACCACUCACAGAAAAAAAGAAGAGCAGUGUUCUUGACAGCAACAGUACUGGUGAUGUUUGUGCUGUGUUUCUUACCCACUAACAUCGUCUACAUCGUGCAUCAGCUGAUGUAUUCUGAAGAAAUAGAAGACCAGGAGAAAGAGAUGAAUCCUGACAGGCUCUAUGUAAUCUAUUUAGUCUGUCUGUGUUUAGGAAGUCUCAACUGCAUCCUUGAUCCUCUGGUCUACUACUUUGGAUCGUCCCAGUUCAAGAAAGGGCUAUCCAGUAUGAUGGGAUGCCAAAAGACCAAGCAGAGCACCAAUGGUGGUCAGUCAUCAUCUGGUCCAAGCAAUACAAGCAGGUCCGCCAGCCAAAUCACCAUGAAAUCAAACCGCAAAGAAAAUGCUAAAAAGAACAAUCUACCCAUCAAUCGUGACUCUUCUCGGGGGAACCUUUGCAGCCAAUAUAAGAAGCAAGUGGUCUGAUAGGCACAUCAGGCAGGCACCAAAGGGUAAUUCCAUAAUUUUAAAGCAUGGCUCCUUUUACAUCUUUUAAAAUCUUUAUCACAUUGGGGCACAAAAGCUUUAAAAUUGCUGAAGCAGAUUGCUUCAGUCUUUGGUUGCACUACAUACUUAGUACAUUGACAUACACAGUUAAGUCAGGCUGUUAGGAACUUUAACUGGACUACUGUUCUUGUCUCAGUAUACAGGCACCUGGGGCGACUCAGUUUGACAUGAGCACAUCCAGCUCUCUAACAACUGGUGGUGAUAAUACCUCCUCUGAGUCCAAGAUGAGUUAGAGCAGCGGUUCUCAGCUGGUGGAUCCAGGGCUGUUUUCAGUGGGUCUUGUAGGUACUUUUGUUCCUUCAUUUAAGUGUUUAACGACAGACAGGAAAUAGAAAUUACUUCACAGAAUUUUUUCGGUGAAUUAUUCAAGAAUUUUCAUUUUGAUUUUACAUUUACAUUGAACGUCAUCUUGUCCAUUUUUAACCCAUUGUCAGUUGCUUCUGCUGCUAGUAGCUAGUGGCCAUUUUGUAUCCCACAAUAUUUUGUGACAACCAAUGGCUGGCUGUUCUGUCGUCCCAUUAUGCUUGGUGUUACUGUGCAGAUCCUGGUGGAGACGGCCUGAAUAACUCAGAGUGGACAGAGAACGAUAGAGAGCCUGUGAGUUGACCCUCUGUGACACUGCAGACAGGAACUGCUGUGAAUAAUGGCACAAAUGGUUCCAGUAUAAAUAUUAUUUCACUUUUUAGUCCCCAAGAGAUGGGACAAGUUUGUGCAAACCAGGUUUUAGUCAUUAUCAUUCACUGUGUGUCACACAUAAAAUCAUUGUCUGUGUGUGUGUGUGUGUUUUUUUUAAUUCAGUGGCAUUACAGCAGACAUAUUCUUAAAACCCAGGUUUUCUUGAAAAACACAUUUUUGGAGUUUGUGUACCACAGGGUUGAUAUUUCACAAGCUUUUUAAGACAAUAAGUCUGAAGCUGGAACACCUGGAGAAGUUUCAGUGACUUGAAUCACAAAAAGGAUACAGUUAAGUAAUAUCAACUUCCUGUGAUACUUAAAACUAUUCAGAAAUCACUCAUGAUACAUACAGGUAUACAUUAUAUUUUUUAUUCUGUGUAUUUAUUACCUUUAAAAUCAGAUGUCAUAAUUUUUUUGUUGCUUAUUAUGUCAAAUCAUUUUGCUGUUUUUUUUCUCUGUAUUUUGUGUUUAAU